UAUGUGCGAUCAAAUCGAUAUCCGAAAAACCCACGCGUUUCAAUUCUUUUGUCAGCCUCUGCCCUGUAUCAGAAAGCUUGUCGGACAUAGGUGCGAAACAGUUGCCUCAUUAUCGAAUUGGAAUCCUUGAAGAUCAGAGAAGACAUAGCAUUGAAGCCCCGUCCCAAUUCUUCUCCCUAUCAGAGCCCAAGAAGUGCUUCAAGAUCACGUUUGAUCUCCCAACGUACCUUUUACAAAUCUUGUAUGUGGUAUCAAUUUUUCUUUUUCUUUUAUUGUUUUUCCUACCCUUUUGGUAAUUUUCUUUUGUAAAGAUCGAUGAAUGUUUAGGGUUAGUAUCCUCCUUUUUUGAGCUUAUUAGAUGCGAGAGUUGAAAGCGCAUUGCUUGAUUUGGCAGCAAUUUAUUCUCAUAGAAGCAAUCCAAUUAAGCACUAAACUUUUAAGAGCAUUGUGCGGCAAAAAGAUUGAUUCUUGUUGUAAUCCCACAAGGAAAAAAGACAUUUACUUAGAGAAUUUGAAGUCUAAAAUAACUAUCAUUAUUCAUCUUUGAUUUUAACUGAUUACUCAAUAAGGUGCUUCCUUUAAAAAUGAUCAGGACAAAGCAGUAUUUUUCUCAUCUUAUUACUUGCCCGAUGAGGCAUGUUAUUAAGAUUAUAACCAUUCUAGUGGCUAUUUCUGCCAUUUGGAUUGGCCUCUUGCAAACAGCUGUCAUUCCUAAUAGCCAUACUUGGUUGCUACCCAUCUAUUUGGUUGUAUUGCUGGGAUGCUAUGGUUUAUUAAUGGUUGGAGUUGGCUUAAUGCGAUUUCCAACUUGUCCCCAAGAAGCAAUGCUAUUGCAGCAGGACAUCAUCGAGGCCAAAGAAUUUCUUAAGCAAAAAGGGGUUGAUUUUGGUUCAGAUUGAUGAGUUUUCAUAAUUUCAUGUUGAGACAGUCAAUGGCAAAGCAUCGGGAAGCUUUGAGCAGUGUGCCAGUAGGUGCAUUGGAAUGCCAACUUUUCUUGUCUAAUCAAAAUUUUGCCAAUGAGUUGCAAUAGAAAGCUAAUUAAAUUUGGCAAAACACAUUUUUUUAGUCCUUGAUAUUUUUUAUCGGGUCUCCAUAAUUUGAUUGUCAUAUCGGCCCCAAACAUUUUUUUUUUAACGUUGCAUCUAUUUUAAUGGAUUUAAUUAAAAAAUUAUUAGAGUGAUUUUCCAUGACAUUGUUGGUACUUUUAGAUAAGAACUUGAAUGUCAUGUAACUUCAUACAGUGACAAGAGUUUUUCAAGUAAAUAUCACCUAGAUUCUAGUCA